AUGAGGAAGCACGGAUGGCAACUUCCUUACCACCCUCUCCAGGUUCAUUCUCCUCUCCCUGCUCUCCUCCUUCCCCCUCUACCUUUACUUUCCGCGGCUGGUUGAGCUUCGUAAUAUCCGUCUGCAGGUUGUGGCCAUUGCAGUGUUCAUGGCACUGGGGUUCGCCUUCUAUGUGUUCUUCGUCCCUUUCGUUGGAAAGAAGCAGUUCGAAGUUGUCGUGAUGGGGCUUUACACUCCUCUGGUUAGUAAUUUCUAGUUUCGCAGGCCCUAUUUCUUUCAUUUUUUGAAUGUGAACCAGUUGUUAAGCUCUCUCUCUCUCUCUCUCUCUCUCGCGCGCGCGCGCGCUCUCUCGCUCUCUCUAAUAUCAUUGUCGAGUGUUCUUUCAAGGUGGGCGAUUUCCUCCUGAAAAUUGUAUCAUUGUCAAGUAUUUUUCUUUUCGCCUUCUUAUUUUCUACUUUUCAUUUGGUUGUGACAUCAAUUCGAUUGUAAAGGUCAGUUUUUUCCCGAUUAGUUGGUUUCAUUAAUGACAGACGGUGGAGAAUGGGCUGAUGAAUGGACCCAAGUCUGAAAUCGUGCUUGGUCGCAUAUUUUUCAUUAAUAACAAUUAUUAUGAAAAAUAUAAAUUUCAAUUAUAUAUAUAUAAUUCAUAUGCUUGUGUUCAUCGAACAUCUACAUCUCUCGGCGCUCGUUUUCUUGCUUUUUUUUCGAUUAGUGCACUCAUUCCCAUUCUUCAGAUGUGAAUUUUGUGUUCAAGAUAUAAAAAUCCUAAUUUUUAAGACAUCCCUCCACCGAGAUUGGAUCAUACGAUGAGAUGGGCGCGGAUGAACUCCCUGAGAAACUUAGUUUUCUUCGUGUAAUUCCUCAUCGAUCCCAGAGAUUCCAGUUCAUCCCAAUUUCUGGUUCGAAGAAAGUUCAAAGGGUCAACGUUUUAUCAUCGAUGGAGUCCAAUUAUUCCAUGGAAACAUAUAACUCGUCCCAGAAGCAAAAAGCAUAUGCUAUUAAUGAUUUUGAAGCUAUUUUCGUAUAAUUCAUGGCCAACAUAUGAUGUUGAAGCUAUUUUCUUUCUGGAUGCGUGAAAUCCCAAUUAAUUCUCCCGUUGACAUGCCCAUUUAAUCCAUGAUUUAUAUCUCCUCUACGAUUACUCCCCCUCAUUCAUAUUUCUAGUUGUCGACAAUUUAACUUAUUUAUUUAUGUCUAAUCGCGUUGAAGGGGAUUUUUUUUAUGGAAAUCUGCCCCUGACCCAAGCAAAUUUCGAACCCAUGGAUGAUAAUAAUUCAUUUAUAAGACUUGAUUAAGCUCCCCCAAAGCCAAUCUCUGAAUGUUUCCUAGACUAGAAAAAUAAAUAUAUACAUAUAUAGAUAUAUAAAUGACAUUGAUCUUGGUCAAUGCCCUCUACAGGUUGCAUGCGUUUUCUUUCUCUAUAUCUGGUGCGCAGCAGCUGAUCCAGGGGAUCCGGGGGUCUUCAAGUCAAAGAAGUAUCUAAACAUUGUGGAUCACAGGAGGUACUCCAGUUCAAAGGGUUCCUUGGAGGGUGGUGAAUCCAUAUCCUCCUCUGUGAAGAAAGCUGAUGCCGCAACUGACGGAGGGAAGCCGUCGAAUGAGCCCCCUGCUGCUUCUGAGAUCAGUGACAGGAAAUCAUCAAAUAAGCAUGCAGAGGAGAAGAGAUCCCAUGGGAUCUUUUUUUUUCUGGCGGUUUUUCUGGGCUGCUUUCCUUCUCUUGGAUGCACUAAUUCAAGGUCUCACGAGCAUUCUUCGGACCAUGAAACGAGCGAAGAUGGCAUGUUUUACUGUAGUUUAUGUGAAGUUGAGGUAGGGGACUAAGGUUUUAUGAUGGAAAAUUGUCUUCUUGUUCAAGCUUAUUUAUUGACAAGGGAGCCCUUUUCUUCUUUCUGGCUAUGGAUAUAUAGAAAUAAAAAUGUCUAUUGUAUCAUUGUUCAUCUUUUAUACUGGUAAUAGUGCAUUUUUAGGAAGAAUCUGGUUCACAUUUAUCUGUGGGUCUAGUCUACCUGAAUGUGUGGUGUCGAUGGUUCUUAUUGGUGUUUGAUUCAUGGGCAAGAAAUCCUUUGAGUUCCGUAGGAUAACUUCACAUAAUCCUAGGACAUCAGCUGGUAAGAUUGAUUUUUUUAUUUUAUUUACUUAGCUUUAGAGUUCUACAGCGGCCUCCCCUGGAAGAAAGGAAACUUUUUUGUGAUUUAAUGUACGUUAGGAAAAUAAAUUGUUUCCUAGGAAAACAUCUAGAAGCAUUUCCUCUUAUUAUAUGUGCUGAAAUAAAACUAUGAAAACUUUUAAUUUUGAAUCUUUUGUAUUCAACAAGGUUUCACCUUGAAAUAUUUCUUCUCUUUAUUUCUGUUGAAAUUAAAUAGUUAGGGCCUCAUUUUUUAAACACUUCCUCUUUAUUACUUUGACUAAAAAAAUUAAUAGUUCCUCUUGUUAUUCAGUGAGGCUCCAUUUUUGGGAUAUUUCUCCGUAUCAUUCCUUCUAAAACGUAAUUUUGGAGAUUUAUUUAUUUAUUUCACCUGGGAUUCAUUUCUAACAGCUAUUUCUGCUGAAAUUAAGCUACUUGGGCAUGUAGUUUCGUAAUCUCUUAUCCACCAAAAAGGGAUUUAUUUUGGACUGCCCCUCAGAUUUCUCUUCUAAAUUUUAAUUAUUUAGUGCGGUAUUUGCCUACAUUUUUCUUGAAAUUAUUCUCGCAUCUAAUCUGGCUGUGGGUGAUUUUACAGCAUCUCAGAUUUGCCCACAAUGUGCAGGUUCUGAAGUACAGCAAGCACUGUAGGGUUUGUGACAAAUGCGUGGACGGCUUCGAUCACCACUGCAGGGUCUGGAUUCUUCACAUGACCCCAUUUAUGCCAUCAUCUUCCGCAAAUUUAACAGGUUCUCUCCUUUGGUUUUGCAGUGGAUCAACAACUGCAUAGGGAGGAAGAACUACUUCAUGUUCUUCAUACUCAUGAUGUCUGCGCUCCUCCUGGUCUGCCCACGAUCUCUCUGCCAUCUAGACCCUAAUUUCCUCUGAAAAUUAUAAUUUUUUCCCUUAUUAAUCAUGGGCAAAAAAUAAAAAUAAAAGUUAAUCGAAGGGGUCUCAGAAUCGCUGGCUGUUCUUGGGCUGAGAGUUGCUCCCAAUGAGAAUAGUCCCAUAUUGCUUAUUGUAGGAAUCAUUCAUUGCCGAUUGCUGUUGAGUUGGAUUAUUAGGAUCGCUAUGCGUUGACUGAGAGAAAUUAAGCUGGUAAAUGAAAUAUUUGGGUUCAUUCUGAAACGGGUAAAAAAAAAAUGCGGAUCCCUCACUCAUUGCUCAUGUGUUUAAGGCUUGAAAUGGGAUGGCCAUUAUUCAUUGUUCUUGAGCUGGCCUACAAUCAGCUGUUUCUUGGGGAGAUCAAAAGAUCCCUUCUUUUUGGUUCGUUAUUAUUGUUAUUAUUAUUUCGGCUGCUUAUGCGGGUGCCUUGGGCUUGAACCUGCAGCUCAUUCUACAAUGUUCGAUCGGGAUUCUGGUGCUGAUUCGCUGUUUCCUCGAGCGGAAGCAGUUCUCAGUCGAUAUAGCCUCUAAGCUGGGGAGCAGCUUCUCCCUGGUGCCGUUUCUCGUUGUGGUGGUGGGUUUUCAUCCUUUGCCUUGGCGAAACGACAAAUGUGGAAAUCUCUCUCUCUCUCUCUCUCUCUCUCUCUCUCUCUCUCUCUCUCAUCAGAUAUUGUUCUCUAACUUUCAAUGUCCUGCCCAUUUGUUCUCAGGGGUCAUGUACCUUCUUGGCUAUGGUGGCCGCCUUACCCAUUGCACAGCUCUUCUUCUUCCACGUCCUCCUCAUAAAGAAGGUGAUCUCCAGUGCUCGUUUCUCAUCUCUCUUCUCCUCAUCCCUUUCAAAAGCAGCACGUCUUGCUCAUAUCGAGGCUAAAAAAAAGGACUUCAUAUGUCAGUAAUCUACGUUUUAUUCGUGGAAUAAUCUCUAUGGUUGAUGGCAGGGAAUCAGCACCUAUGACUACAUUGUGGCCCUGAGGGAGCAGGAGCAGCAGCAGGGAGGAGUCGGUGGGGGGCAGCAGAGCCCCCAGAUGUCUCCUCUCAGCUCGAUCACCGGCCUGAGCAGCGCCAGCUCCUUCACCACCUUCCGCCGCGGGUCCUGGUGCACUCCGCCCCGCCUGUUCCUCGAAGAUCAGGUGAGCUCCAGAUUAUCCUCAUCCCCCCCUUUUUUUUUCUGCGGAAUUUCAGCUGGAUUUCUUUCGGAUUGAGCAAAUAAUGAGAAAAUAAAGAACUGGAUUUUUUUUUAGUUGCUUUUUAUAUCAGAUCAUUGAGGAAUUAAUCCCCUGAUGGAUGGAAAAUAUCAUUUUAUUCCUCUCUCUCUCUCUCUCUCUCUCUCUCUCUCUCUCUCUCUCUCAUGACUGUGCCCAAAGUUCGUAUGAGUUCAGCCUAUGGGUCAUUUUCCAGGUUCUUUUUCUACUACUAAAUUUAAAUUAUAAAUCUGUUUGAUGUUGAGAAGUAAUGAAUUGCUUUUUUCUUUUCUUUUUUUGGAUAGUUUGAUGUCGUCCCGCCGUACCCCGGCGUGGCAGCGAUUUCCGGCCAGAAGAGGGCGGCGGCGGCGGCAGAGGAACAAGCGAGGAAGAGAAACCCACCCGCCAUCAAGAUCAGCCCCUGGACAUUGGCUCGCCUCAACGCUGAGGAGGUCUCCAAGGCAGCGGCGCAAGCCCGGAAGAAGUCAAAGAUCAUGCAGCCAGUGGUGAGGCGGGAGAACCCACUGCUGCCGCCGCCGCCGCCGCCGCCGCCGCUGGAGACUGAUAGCAGCAGUAGCAGGAUAGUGGUGAGGGCUGACGGCCGGAAGAGGCCCAGCAAGAGGGGCCGGCUGCCUGGUGGAGCAAUCCCACCGGAGCAGCUCGCAAUUAUCUCCGGCGGUGGCGGCAGUGGUGGCGGUGGUGGCAGCGGUCCCCCGCCGGAGACAUCAACCAGCUUAGCUCCUCUCCAGCUCGAGGCGAGGAAUGCCUUCCGCAGCAGCAGGGCCAUGUUCUCCCCCGCGAAUGCCUCCUCCUCCCCAGAGAGCAGCAGCUUGGACUCCCCGGAUCUCCAACCCUUCUGCAUCACCUCCGCCACCGCUGACAUAGCCCAGGGCCUGGCGGCGAUCCCGCCGUCAGGACAGACGGGAAUUCUGCUGUCGCGAUCCACCAGCGACGGCUACGACGCCUCCGGCGGCGAGGACAGCGACCGUGUACCGUCCCGGAUCGUCCACCGGUCGUCAAACUGGAGCAAAUUCUUCGCCACCAGCGAGCCAAAGGCGGUGGCGGCGUCAUCGUCUUCCAGAGCGCUCCGAGGCGGCAGCCGAUGA